AAGCAGUCUGGAAUACCACUUGUAUGAAACAUGGGGAAGAAUGCGAUCCUGACUACAGCAAUGUCCAUUCUCAUGGGCUUCUGUCUGGUGGGCACUCUGUACGUACAACAGCUUUCCACAGUUCCUAGCAGCAGUCCCGUGGUCCAGCCGGACUCCGUCCUCUCGCGGCUCUGGCACCACCAACAGAACGGCUCCGUAGACUACGAGCGAGUCACCAAGUCCGAAAACUUUGUCAUCAGCGUCGUCAACCCCCGGCCCUGGUAUCGCGUCGGACGUCACCUGUCCAUCAAGAUCGUUGCCAUGGAUACGAGAGGACGGCCGAAGACGUACGGAGGGGAUUUGAUCCGUGCUAAGGUGUACACCCGAUCCCCUGUACAGGCUAGCACGUCUGGUAAAGUCACAGACUUCGGGAACGGGACCUACGUGGCGAACUUCUUCCUAAGUUUCCCGGGGAAAGUCUCGGUGGCGGUGAAGCUGGUACAUUCCAGCGAAGCCGUGCAGGUUCUGAGAAGGUUGCAAGACAUUUCCAGGCGCAUCAUGGUUUGCGGCUUCCAGGAGGAAAACAGCGACGUCACUGAGUGGAUGCAGUGUUCCAAUACCCCCCAAGAGAGCCUCAGUCUGCGCGAUGUGUGCGACUUUUCCAAACCGCGUCUGAACGUGUCGUUCUACUGCGAACGCCCGAGGGCCAGUUCCUGCAAGUCUUUCCUUGGAUGUCACCGCGACCACGCCGCCACCUUGGAGUUGCAAGCUAACAUAGCCACUGAGGAGGAAAGGCAGCUGUUUCCUAGAGAUCGGGAUUUACCAGAGGAGAUACCACGGAACAUCAGCCUUCAGGUGAAAGGAAAGCGCCGUUUGCGGAAAAUGCAGGGAAAACAGUUGCCCCUUUGCGGCCCUCGGUUACCCCAGACGGCGUCGGAAGGCUACUGGUAUAACGGGACUUGGACCUCGCUACGCUGCCAAGUCCGAAGGUUUCGUACCAUCGAAUCAGUCGCCGAAUGCCUGCAGAACAAGACUCUGUACUUUCGCGGAGACUCCACAAUCAGACAAUGGUUCCGUUAUCUCAUGCUGUUCUUAAACUUACAACAGCAGGGAAGAGGAGCUCAACCGAUUUACGCGAUCGACGAGAAACACCGCAUAAAACUGCACUUCCUUUUCCACAUGUUCCCACGGAACCAGAUGCCACUGAUGAACGCAAACGACAUGGAGUACGUCGCCGAAGAACUGGACGGCAUCGUCGGUGGACGAGACGUGGUCAUCCUCAUAAGUUUGUGGGGCCACUUCAUGGCCGAGCCCAUUCCGACUUUCCGAACGCGGCUUUACGGCAUUCGGCACGCCAUCCAGCGACUCCACAGCCGAUAUCCAGACACUAAAGUCAUCUGGAGAACUCCAAACUCUGGGCACCACUUGCAGUUCCGACACUUCGUGGAGAAUGGCGACUGGUACGCGUAUCAGCUGUUCGACAUAGUGUACGAAAUUCUGGGCGAUCUCAACAUUUCUAUCAUCAACGUCAAGGACAUGUCGGAAUCCAUGUGGUAUAAUGACGACAUGCAUCCGCCCAAUGACGUCAUCGAGAACCACAUUGACCUGGUACUAUCUCACAUCUGUUCCGUGUAAAUGACAAUGACAACUAGAAAGUUGACA